GAAUAAACCAACAAAGGUCACUUGUGUCUGGAGUGCGCCAUCUAGUGGGGUCAACAGAAACGCCAGGUUCUGCAGGAGAAGGCCAAAUGAAUGUGGUCUUUACCGCAAUUUCGUCAAUUCUAAUAUUGACCAAAUUAUUUCGCGGGCCAGAUUGAAAAGCCCAAAGGGCUGUAUGUGGCCCGGGGGCCAUAGUUUGCCCAUGCCUGCCCUAGGUGUAAGAAGACUGCACCUGUCUCUCUUUGAGGCUGACUCCCCGGUUCUCCGUCUCUGCUGGUACCACUGCUGUGUUUGAAGAUGAAUAAAACGGAGAUGGGUUUCAAUGUCGGGACGCAUUUCCAGGACAGAGGGCCGACCGUCACUUUCAGCAACUUGCACUACUGUGUUCAAGAGAAAAGGCUCUGCUGCAAAGUAGGUGCUGAAAAGUACAUCCUCAAAGAUGUCAGUGGCAUCAUGAAACCAGGGAUGAAUGCCAUCAUGGGUGCCACAGGAAGUGGCAAAACAUCACUACUGGAUGUGAUCGCAGGCAGAAAAGACCCGGCUGGUCUGCACCACGGAAGCAUCUUGGUGGAUGGAAAAGUCGUCACAGCUAAACUCAGGCUCAGCUCUGCCUAUGUGGUUCAGGAUGAUAUCGUGAUGGGCACUUUGAGCGUGAGGGAGAACCUUCUGUUCAGCGCCAACCUGCGUCUCAGCCGGAAACAUCACAGCUCUGAGGAUAAAAGCAAGAAAGUAGACGAGAUCAUACAAGACCUGGGUCUCACAGACUGUGCUGACACAAAGAUAGGCACUGAGUUCCUGCGUGGUGUGUCAGGAGGAGAGAGGAAGAGGUGCAGCAUUGGGAUGGAGCUCAUCACUUCCCCUACGCUGCUGUUUCUAGACGAGCCGACCACCGGACUGGACUCUAACACUGCAAACUGCAUCAUCAAUCUACUGCACAAGCUGUCGAGACAAGGCAAGACUGUGAUCUUCUCCAUUCACCAGCCGCGAUACUCCAUCUUCAAGCAGUUUGACCACUUGACGCUGAUGCAUAAAGGCGAGGUGGUGUACGCAGGAGCGGCAGGAAACGCUCUGGACUACUUCACAGGCCUCGGUUAUCAGAUAGAGUCUUUCGACAAUCCCGCUGACUUUUUCAUGGACAUCACAAAUGGAGAAGCAAAGUCAACUUUAGAAUCAUCCAUUGACGAGGAUGGUAAUAACAUGCUGGCAGUAAAGUAUCGGCAGUCCCAGCUGUACCAGAACGUGACUAUGGAGCUGGACCACGUGAAUCAAAGCAUUGCCGAAGGGGUCAGUGGUGAAGACAAGCCAGCCAGCUAUACCACAUCUUUCUUCUAUCAGUUGCGUGUGGUGUGCGGCAGGACGGCCCUGAACACCCUGAGGAAUCCUCAGACCUCCUACGCCCAGCUGGCUCUCAACAUCUUUUUUGGAAUUUUGGUGGGACUCAUUUAUUACCAGCUGCCCAAGACUAUGCCCGAGGCCAUCCAGAACAGGACUGGAGCAUUCUUUUUCCUUGUCAUCAACAUGGUGUUUGGGAACCUUUCGGCUGUUGACCUCUUUAUCAAAGAAAGGGCGAUCUUCAUUCACGAGAAUGCCAGUGGCUAUUACCGUACCUCCGUCUACUUCCUGUCCAAGGUCUUUGCUGAUCUCAUUCCCAAUCGCAUCAUCCCGAUUCUUGUGUUUUCAGUCAUCUCCUACUACAUGAUGGGUUUGAAGCCUGCCUUUACGUCCUUCCUUUGUUUUGCGCUGACCAUGUGUCUGACCAGUUUGGCGAGUGUUGGUCUCGCUUUCGUCGUCUCAGCAAGUACAUCUUCAUUCGCAAUAGCUAACAUCCUCGUUGCUCUGCCCUUCGUCUUCAUGAUGGUCUUUGGUGGUUUCCUUGUUAAUCUCAACUCCAUGCUGAGCUGGCUCUCUUGGCUGAAAUGGAUCAGUAUCUUCAAAUAUGGAUUGGAUGCUACAUUCAUCAACGAGAUGAAAGGACAGGUGUUCUUCUUCGGCAAUGUAUCUUACCCAGGGGAGCAGUACUUGGAGGAGCAGGGCAUCGACUACUCUGUGUGGGGCUUCUGGAAGAAUGAGGUGGCUCUAGUGGGAAUCAUACUCGUCUGCAUGUUCCUGGCCUACGUGCAGCUGCGACGAAUCAACCGCUGGAAGUGAAGCCCAUCCAUUUCUGUAUCCAUCAGUCUUGAUCUUAUUUAUUUAACAAACAAAAAAAUACCUGCUACCUAAUGUUUUAUACGCUUGCACCCUAUAAAGAUUUCAAAAUGUCAUUAUUUAAAUUUAAAAUUUAAUAUUUGCUAAACAUUACACAUGGAGUCUCUGACUCACCGGCACUCUCAUGUGGGAAACAAACACACGUGUCCUAACAUUUGACUCCCAGGUGGAUAAGCUGCUGAUAAGCACACUUGGUUUGUGCAUGUGAAAUGUCUAAUAACAGCCAAGCCACUGUUUAAAUCCUUACAAAGCUACUUACAGUGAGUGAGACAACUUAAGCGGCAAGAAGGAAAAUGCAGGCGGGUGUCAAAUUAAAGGAAAAACCUGAAAUAAAUGGGUGGAGACACAACACCCAUACUGCAUGGUACAGCUGAGCAAUUACCAUCCAGUCCUGCUUUGUGGUUUGUAUAAAAAAGGCAAGAAGAGGGUUCACUAUCGGGGCACAGAUGGCAGGAGCUUCAGUAGCAAAGGCUGCUGUGUUCCAAUAUGAAAAAAGAUUAAAUUCAAUUUAGUUCAGUUCAGAAAAAGUGACAAAUGCAUUUUCAUCUAAGGGAUGGACAUCAGUAAAUAAAAUUGUGGUCGACAGCAUACAUUUGAUGACUGUGCAUUAGUGCGAUUUGUAAAGAAAAACAGAAGAGCGAGUCUUCCUCUGGUGAAUAAGAAUGUCAUUGACAAAUUGAGUUGCAAUCCAUACAUCGCGUUCCAAAUUAUUAUGCAAAUUAUAUUUCUCUCUGAUUUUCCUCAAUAGUCAAUGCAAAUGACAGCAUAAUUUUCAAAUCAUCAGCUGUUAAAGUUUAAUUCAAAUGUUAUUGAACAAACCUCCCAAUGAAAACUGUAUUUUUUUCAAAAAUAAAUAACUUAAAAUGCACUGUUCCAAAUUAUUAUGCACAGCAGAGUUUCAAGACAUUUUCUAGGUUGUAAAGAACUGAAAAUAGUCAUUUGUUGAAUUUGCAGCAUUAGGAGGUCAUAUUUACUAAAAUCAAAAGCUAUUUCAAUCAAGCACAUUUUAACAGGUUAAGUUACAUUUUAACAUGUAUUUCUGGGCCCACUGCAGCCGUUUCUGCUUGUGAGCAUUGGUUAGGGGCGGACGAAUAGAAGGUUUAUGCAAAACCGCAAGCCUCUGGAGGAUCCUACACCUUGAUGUUCGUGGGACUCCAGAGGCACCAGCAGCUUCAAAUACCUGUUUGCUGCUUUGUAAUGGCAUUUUAGCAGCUGCUCUCUUAAUCCAAUGUAUUUGUCUGGCAGAAACCUUCCUCAUUGUGCCUUUAUCUGCACGAACCUGUGUGUGCUCUGAAUCAGCCACAACUCUCUUAAUAGUAUGAUGAUCACACUUAAGUUUUCGUGAAAUAUCUAAGGUUUUCAUACCUUGUCCAAGGCAUUCAACUAUUUCACGCUUUUCAGCAGCAGAGAGAUCAAUUUCUUUCCCCAUAUUGCUUGAAAAUGGUGGUCUGCUUAAUAGUGUGGAACAUCCUUCUUCAGUAGUUUUUCCUUUAAUUGGGGUCACCUGGCCAACUAAUUAUCACAGGUGUCUGAGAUUGAUUUCAGUGAUCCAAAGAGCCAUGAGACACAAUACCAUCCAUGAGUUUAAUUGAAAAACAAAAAAUGUAAUCUUUAUGACACUUAAAUACAAUUUGCAUAAUAAUUUGGAACGCGGUGUAUAUUUUCCCAUUUCCCAGGUGAAAAGUCACAAAGUCGGUGCAUUAAGCUACUCCUCUUUUUAUUAAUGCUGUAAAGAAAUAGUGAAAGCACUUCUUUAAAUUAAUGUGCAAUGUAUCUUUUUUGUUUAAACUUAGUGCAUGUUUUACAAGAAUGCUGCUGAUAGCUCAUCAAAAUGAAGUACACUACUGUUGUGGGUCACCCAGACAAUUUUGUGUUUUUCAUGAAAACUCACACUUUAAUUCAUUUUCAAACAUAACUGCACAAGGGUUUUCUAAUCAUCAAUGAGCCUUUCAACACCAUUAGCUAACACAAUGUAGCAUUAGAACACAGGAGUGAUGGUUGCUGGAAAUGUUCCUCUGUACCUCUAUGGAGAUAUUCCAUUAAAAAUCAGCUGUUUCCAGCUACAAUAGUCAUUUACCACAUUAACAAUGUCUAGACUGUAUUUCUGAUUCAUUUAAUAAUGUUAUCUUCACUGAAAAAAUUGCUUUUGUUUCAAAAAUAAAGACAUUUCUAAAUGA